ACUCUUCUUCAGCUUGGAAAUUCCGGAAGUCAAAUGGAGAAAUGUUUGUUGGCGCUUAUUGUUUAUAACUAGACUAUUUGGUUUUUUGUGUGAUGACCAAGCAGUGUAAUGGAGUCUGAACGGACAUUGGCACAUGGCAAAACAAAUGUAGGUUUUUCACAAAGCAAUGACGAUGACCCUCUCAUUGAUGGGCCAUUCUUAUCAGAAGAUGCCCUGGAGUCAUCGAUCAAGAGAGCGUUUGAGAAAUUACCUACUCAUUGGGCAGUGGGGAUACUCUCAUUUUUACAUGUGGUGUAUGUGGUGUUAUGUAUUGUAAUCACAGUAUUUUGCUGGGUAUCUGAUGAGCACUCUGCUCAGUGCACUGCUGCAUUGCAGGGGAUCGACUCCAAGGCCGUGGUGUUGCUGGGGAAAGUCGCACUGUGGGUGCUAGUCUUUAUAUAUGAUAGAUUUGUCCAGCAUCACCAUAGUGCUGUGAGACAGAGAGGUUACCUGGACUUCUACAGGAUGACCAGAGGAAUAAAAAACCUUCCCUUGCUCAUUCACUCUGCAGGUAAUGCAGCAGUCCUGACUGUGAUUGCUCCAUCCUCUCUGCUGGAUGUAAGGGUAAAGAAUCUUUCUGUAUAUCUCCUGCUGGCCAUCAUCUGUCUGGAGCUACUGCUGUCUGUUAUAUGCCUGCUGAGAUACUCUGUGCAUGUGGUGAAGUUCAAUAGCAAGAAGCCACUUCCUGAUAUAAAUGAAGAGGAGCGUUCUCACGGCUGCUCCACUGAUGUGCAAGCCGAGACAGGCUUCAGGGACGGCUCCAGUCUGGAGGAACUUGUAGAAAAACAGGCAGACCUGAUUGAUUAUCUCAAACAGCACAACAGUCAUCUAAGCAAGAGAAUCCUCAGCCUGACAAGCCAGCGGAUCAGAGACUGACACCCAAGAGAGAGAGUGACUCCGAGUCAGAACUGUUAGUGGAAAUGAUGCGUGCAUGCGAGUAUGUGUGCGCGUCUAUCUUGACUGGAAUCGGCAGCCGUGGCUGACUGAUCAGAAGGCUUUUGGUGGGAAACGAACCUUGGCAACCUCUCUAACGAUGCUCUCACGUUUCCAUGACAACACGUCUGACUAGACAAUGGGCGCAAUUUGGAAGUCAAAAACUUCUCCUGCAGAAAUGUUCACCAAACAUGCUCAUUAUGAGUUUUUGGGUAUUAAGAUCUUAUCAAAUCAAAAGAUUUAGUGUCUUACUGAUAUAUCUGUGUGUGUUUGUAUGUGAAAGUAAUAUCGUGUAUGUCAUAUAGUUUCUUUAACAAGUAAUUUAAACCUCAGCUUUGUGGUUCAGUGCUGCUUUUAUGUAUAAAGAAUGUGUUGAAAGGAUCUUUCAGGUGACAUAUGUGGGUUGUUAAGUCAUUCUCAAAAUUAUUUGGGACAUACUGACUUUUUUUUGUCCUGAUGCUUCAAGUAAAAAUCUUUUGUACUACUGUAUUUUUAUGUUCAAUAA